AACGGAGGACGGAGGUUUGUUAGACGCCACUAUAGGUACAGGUUACACAACGUACACGAGGGUGCUUGCCGGUUACAUUGUCUGAACUUGUAAUUUUUGAAGCAUCUGUUUUUAAGAAUGGCUGCAGCUAAUGCUAUAAAGCGACUUGUGCCUCUCUUUGACAGAGUUCUUGUACAAAGAGCCGAAGCUGUAACUAAAACAAAAGGUGGUAUUGUUUUACCAGAGAAAGCUCAAGCGAAAGUUUUACAAGCUACAGUAGUGGCAAUCGGACCUGGACAACGAAAUGAGAAAGGAGGUCACAUUCCUUUGAGUAUUAAAGUCGGUGAUGUUGUUUUGUUACCCGAAUAUGGAGGAACUAAAGUAGAACUUGAAGAUAAUAAAGAAUUUCACUUAUUCCGUGAGUCAGAUAUAUUAGCAAAGUUAGAAGUUUAAGGAUGUUUUACUUAUGUGCUUAUAAUUCUUUAAAUAUUACAAACGGUUCCCUGCAAAAUUCAGGAGUAAAGCAACAGUGAUAUACAUAUGAAGGUCAUACAUAGUUUAGUGUUCACUGUUAAAUCAUACUUAUUUCUUUAAGAGUCUGAUAUAAUAUAAAUGUUAUUAUGCUUUCCUACAUAUUAACGGAAAUGAAACAUUUAUUCAUUAUGUUU